CCGAGAAAACAAGUUACAUCUCGGCUAGGCUCACGGACAUGGCUCGUAGUCGUCCGCCAUAUGAAACAGAGAUCGCCGGCCCGUUUGUAUUGUGGACUUCAGGCAUCUACAACAUGCAGUCCAGCGCAUGGCAGUGGCUGUCCAUGGAAGGCAUAGUCCCGGUUAACUGGACCAUGUCUAACCAUCAGGCCCCAGAGCCACUGGUCGAUGGAUCACAUUGCUUGUCCGUGAUGCCAACGACGAAUGGGACGGGACUAGAUUUUGAUGCCUCUCCAUGCAAUCAGGGGAAAUACUUCGUCUGUGAAAAGAAGGCGUCACAGUUUUUCACCAAAGAUACUGCUUUCCAGUGUGAGUGCCCUGGUGUGAGGCAACAUGGUUCGCACUGUGAGGACCCAUCUCGUGGCGAAACAGAGCUGACUGUGUCGACCGGAGACAAAGAAAUUCAUUUGUCCUGUCCCCCUGGCACCGCAUUAUCCGUUGAAUACGUCUUCUAUGGCUACAGCGUCGGGAGAACCUUCGAGAAUGUCGCCAACGAUGACAGUGAGUGCUUCAUUGACACUGCUUUGUAUUACGUCAAGUUAUGGUGUAACGGCAGAGCCGAAUGCAAAUUUAUGCUAGAUGACGAAAUUCCAAACCCAUGCUUUCCUCUGAAAAGGAAGAAUGUGGAAAUAAGGUGGUCCUGUCGACCGCAGAACCAGACGGCAAUGACGAUGACAUCAUCAACGAUGUCGUCUGGCCAAAGCAUGACUGUGUCCACUCCAAACAUCGUGUCGUCCAUAGAGCCAACAGUGGAAGGUAUAACUGCGUCAACAGUAGAGCCAACAGUGGAAAAUAUGGCUCCGUCAACAGAUCCAACAGUGGAAAAUAUGACUGCCUCAACAACAGAACCAACAGUGGAAAAUACCACAGCGUCAACAAUAGAACUAGCAGUGGAAAAUAUCACUAUGUCAACCAUAGAGCCAACAGUGGAAAAUAUCACUGUACCAACGAUAGAUAUCAGUGUGUCAACAAUGGAAAUCAUCCUUCCUUCAGACUCUGUACCGGUGAUCACUGAAUCAGCAAGCACUCCAUCAGAUACCACCACGACCCUGUCUCUUUUGAUGACAGAGGGACCUGUUGAUGUGAUAUACUGCAAUAUGACUGAAGUCAUGGGACUGCUGUGGCCGCGAUGGCAGGGAGGCCAGGUGAUUACAAUGCCAUGUCCGAAGGGUAAGAUGGGUGAAGCCGUCUGGUAUUGUGACGAUAGAGGACAUUACGUCCCCGAGGGUGAGCCAGACAUGACCCGGUGUAUGGGUCAAUGGACUGAGGCAUUGAUGAUGCAGAUUUCUACUGACGUUUUCGAUCCCUGGGAAGUAUUGGAAGAUCUUCGAAAACUUUUGGAGAAGGAAUUCUUCGCCGCGGGUGACAUCAUGUUUGCCGUUGCAGUCGUAGAAAAGUGUAACGAGAAGAGCCUGUUGGCAUCUAAGGAGAGUACCUUUGUAGAGAAGAUGGAGACCAUUGAGGCCAACCUGAACAUUAGUAACAGUCUCCUCGGUCCGAACUGUCUAGCUCAAUGGAAGGGAAUACCCACAAUAAACCGCACCAAGUGUGCUGUGCAGUUGAUGGAAAACCUCGAGAAAGCCAUAGGACUUUUUCAAUAUGUUUAUUUGAAUAAAUUCUUCAGCAACUCGCCCCAAAUUGUCUUGGAUGCGAUGGAAUUACCAAUGGAGCAUCCCGAAAUGGUGACAGCACGGUUCCCAUCUCGGCACUCGGAUUUUAUCAAUGGUGUAGCGGCUGAACUCAAUAUCACCGGCGUGGUUGAUUACACGACUGUCAAUGGCGGUAACCAAGAGAUAGACCUUAUCGAGAUAACUGAAAAGCCCUCGAGAGUUGUUACCAAUUCGUCCAGGAUGCACCGGCCAAGGGUUGUGUUCAUCUUGUACAAUAAUAUACAGUCUUUGAUUACUGAUGAUACGAAGGGGAACACUAGUAUCAUCAGCAACAGCCCUGUUCUGACGGCCACUCUCGCCCAUAACGGCAUAAUCGGGAACUCCUACAGGAAACAAAUACACUACACCAUGAGGUGGAACAAGGUUGAGUGGAAAGAGAACGGCAGUGGUUGUGUGUUCUGGGAGAAUCGGACAGAAUCAGGCGUUUGGUCAGGCGAGGGCUGUGCCCUGGUGUCCACCAACAGUACCCAUGCAACCUGCACCUGCGAUCACCUCACAAACUUCGCCAUUCUCAUGGAUGUUUAUGGCAGUGCUGAGGAGAUUUCGCCUCCCGACCGCCUGGCCCUCGAUAUCGUAACAUACCUUGGCUGCAUCGUAUCGAUCAUCUGUCUGACAAUGGCUAUCAUCGUAUUUUCCAUAUUCAGAGAACUCUGGUGUCCACGGAACACCAUCCACCGAAACCUCUGCAUCAACCUCUGUCUCGGUGAGAUCCUGUUUAUAGCUGGCGUAGAAAGGACAGAAAACAGAGUCGUCUGCGGUAUCAUUGCUGGAAGCCUCCAUUACUGUUUUCUUGCCGCCUUUGCCUGGAUGUGUCUGGAAGGGAUUGAGAUCUACCAGAUGGUGGUACGGGUUAUCCGGUCCAGAGAAACCAAUGUCCUGUGGUACUAUCUUGCUGGAUAUGGCAUCCCCCUCAUGUUAGUCGCCAUCUCAGCGAGUGUCCUUCCCCAGGGGUACGGGACAGAGACAAGGUGCUGGUUAAGCACAGAAAGGGGUCUCAUCUGGGCCUUCGCUGGUCCAGUUGCUGUUAUUACAAUGGCGAAUAUGGUUGUGCUUGGGAUCUGUAUCAGAGUCCUUUACAAUAAUGGGAAGAGGACGAACAAACAUGGAGAGACCGUUGUGAAAAAACUAGGGGUUGCGGUGCGAGGAGCAUUGGUCCUCCUCUGCUUGCUCGGUCUCACCUGGGUGGUCGGGUUCGUCUACCUUGGACGCAGCACCAUUGUAUUCGCUUACAUAUUCUCCAUCUUGAACUCAGCACAGGGUCUGUUUAUUUUCGUCUUCCAAUGCGCCACAAAUGAUAAAGUGCUACAGCAGAUUAGGAGGUGGGCAAGACGAUCGGAGCUAUGUCGGCAGUUCAUAAGGAAGAAGUUAUCAAACACGGCGCCUACCAGCUCCCUUGCUCGAGCAAGGAACUCAAACCCGUCAGUCGCAGGGCGUCAUCUCACCCACUCCAGUGACCAGAAUAUUGAGUCCACACGGCAGGUGAUAGUUCCUGGGAUUGGAAGGGAGAGCAGGAGGUUCUCGGAUGUGCCACUGGAGACAACAGACUCCGAACUCAGUGAGAAGUCUUCAGGUCUCGAGAAUGAAAACAAGAGACGUUCUGUCUCCGCAAUAAGCGCUAUCAGCAUGAUAAGUGUUGGCACCUGCAAUGAUUCAAGCCCUUUCUACAUCAGUCGUGUUGGGACUGACGACAUAUAUGUGGAGAUUUAACCAUGCGAUGUCAUAGUCCUAACCCAGAUCACAACCAGUCAGCAUGGACCAGUCGUGGUUGAAGCCUCUGCAGACGGAGUUUUAGGAAAUGUGCCUUCCACCUCACCAUGAUGAUGAACUAUUGAAUGAUAACCAUUUGAAAACUAUUUGUACAUGAACAAUACU